AUGGCUUCUCCGAGCAUGGCGUCAAUUGAUAGCAAGGAAGGCCGAGAUCGCAAGCCUUCGCAAAGCAUCUCACAACCUCAGGCAUCUGGAACAGGAAGGAACUUAACUCAUCGCCGCCCUCGCUUCACUAACCUAGACGAGGCUCACCGGAACAUCACUUCCAAGCAUGCGACUGGCAGUAGCUCUGAACUUCACAAAUUUGAUGAAGAAAGCGAGGGAAGCCGCGACGGCUCGCAACAGUUUGCCAGCCCGACUGAGGGAUCCGAUACUUGCUCCACCCUACCCCAGCACGAGUUCCCGCCGAACACCAUCACUUCCUCUACUGCAAAACCCUUUUUACCCUUCCAUGUCGCCUCUACGAUCUCCACUGUUGCCAAACUCGACAUGCCUGAACCAAAACGAGAGCCUAUCAAGGUAGCAGAGACUUUGAAUCACAAACCUUCGGGUCCUAAGAUGGAUGAAUACCCAAAUGAAUCGGGCAGUACGGUAGAGAAGAUAGUCGAUCACUAUGCCAACCAUACCCUCAACGGAUUAAGCACACCUCGCGCUGCGACGAGGUGUGGGUUCAGGGGAGAGGAAACCCGUCCUGCGUACCGUCGUUACUUCCAGGACGGCCUGCCAGCAUCGAAUCCGCCUCAGGGUGGGCUGCCGGAUAUACCCCUUGGUCACUCGAGGUCUAGGUCAGUCCUCCAAGGCAUUUAUGAGAAGAGUUCGCCUAUCACCGAGACAACUAUUUCUAAUUCGCAGCAUCUUCUCGAUGCUGAGGCGCAGGCAAGCGAGCUUCGGAGCGGUCCUAAGCCGAUGGUACCUUCGCCGCUUCGACUUCCAUUAGAGCGCAACCCGAGAGCUGGAUUGCUUCACAGCGAGCAAUUAAAUAAUACCGAGUCUUCCUUCAACGAUAUGACAACUAGUUCAAACAACGACCCUUUCAGAUACGAUCAGCGAAACAACUGGGCAGCUAUUACACCUUGGAAGGAAAAGGAAAUUAGCCAAGCUCUUAGACGGGUGAGUAAAGAUGGAGGCCCCAGCGGAGCUACCAUCUUCACUCCCGAGGGGAGCCCGCGUCCUGCGAUCUGGCCAAUACUAGAUCCGGCGCUCAAUCGCGCCGAGGUGGCCUUGAAAAGUAAACGUCCGGAGGGCCAGUUCUUUCACAAGGCUGCACUUCAGUCCGUCUUGCAAGCUGAUAGUGGCGAUACCCAGGAAGUUAAAAUAAUGAUUGGAAGUCCACCAGAGCCACGUAGAAAGAGAGAGUUAAAACGCGAUAGAGUUAGCGGAUCAAUCAAGGAUUACAUCCAGCCGGAUGAUCCCCCCGCUGGUUUGCCACUUAGAGAUUCUACUGCCAAUCAAACCUGGGUGACUGACGGCUAUAGUGACAUUAUUAAGGUUGCAGGAAGUAGCAUCGCAGACUAUUCUGAUGACGACGACGACGAACAGAACAGACCCAGCUUAUGUGGUUCGAGCUGCGCUAUCAUUCAACACCCCCUCAGAGGCAACGAUUCGGGACUAUACGAGGUGCGAACACUAAAAGACGCUAAGAGAUCUGUGCUUCUUCCAAAGACAAGAUUAUUUAAAGGCGGCACAUUCCAAGACAAUUCUUCCCGCUAUUUCUCAGGCAGCACUUCCAAGAAUACCGGCUUCAGCCAGCUACAACCUUUUACUCGAGGACUCUCGAACCCUUUUGGCAAAAAAGAGGCAUCUCGAAACGUGAACCCCGAGGAAAAGUUUUCUCGAAAUUUCAUGCGAAACGGGCCAUCAAAGUACGACUUUCGAGACUCUAUCUCGGAAUAUAGUGCCCGUGGAAGCCGAGUCCUUUCAGGUAUCUCAUUCUGUGGCAGACAUAUAAUCACGGAUGUAAAUGAGGUUGAAUUGCAAGACUUCUCAAAGCGUAUGAACGAAGACGAAAUCCCCAAAAUACCUGGCUUGGAAACUACUAGCAGCAAACAGCCGGAAUUAGGCUCAACAGCAAGCGAGCAAGGCAAGGCACCAAGAUACGAAUCUCGUCUUGUAGAUCGAGACUACCCGAUCCGUUACGGCAACUGGUUCCAAGAGGAGAAAGAUCAAGAGAUAGCUACUCAGUCCUCAUUUAACGCCUCGUUCAACGGAGAACUAAUCUCUCCCCAAUCUAAGUUCGAAUUCGAGCUUCUUCCCCUUGACGAGGCACAGAGAAAGAAUAAGCAGCAGCGAGAGAGCGGUGAGAAGGACGAGACUGAAUCUCCAUUAAGUCGAACUAAUUUCACAAUGACUUCUUGGACGAAUCGUGGCCCUUCGGCUUCACCUGUACUUCAGCUUCCAAGGCCGGCUCAUAUUCCAAGCGGUCGGACAGCUCCUCAUCUAUCGCUUAACUUCAGCCCUUCGACCCACCAGUCUUCUAACGAUGCAUUCGAAGACACCCCUACUCCAUUCUCUGCUACGAGUCAUCGCAGCUCGACCCCUACACCCGCCCGCCCAGCUCGAGCGUUGUUAUAUCACAACACGUCAUCCGAGAGUCCUACUACCACUGGCACAUUUAAGAAGCCAAAACGUUCGCUUCUAGGAAGAUUUGUGCCUAGGAUGUUCUCUUCAGAGGCGCGUAGCCGCAGGACCGUCUCCACUAACACGGUUAUUCAAAACCCUACGUAUAACGACAGCCGAAUGAGCCUCGACGCUAUAGAAGCUCUUAGAGAACCGAGCAUCUCACGGUACGGUCGCAUAAAGCGGGCUCAGUGGUUCACAUUCAUGGCGGUGAUGUCCAUAAUUAUCCCCUUCUUUGCGAUUCUCGUCCUUACGGGAGCAUUAAACAAGACAUUGGUCUGGUAUUCCAAUGGGGAGGUGGGCCAGAUUCGACUCAAGCAACGAACCUUUAUCAAAGGCGUAUUUCUCGCCCAAAAUUGCAUCUACGCCCUUGGUACUUCAUGCCUUAUCGCCGUUUUCGCCAGAAUGCAUUAG